UUUUUUAAAACCAAGUUACCGGAAGUUCUUUGUUUCACUGCAGCUGGCUUGACACUCCUCAAUCGGGGAACAUACACUCACCUACUUUUGAAGAGGAAUGCAGCAACCGUAGCGACUUGUAGACAAACCACACUUGAAUCCCAAAGCAUCGUCAUCCCAGUCAUCCCACCAUGGAUGGCUUCAGACAAGAGGAUGUUGAGUUGUUUUAUGAAAUGGAAGAGGAGUUGGGCAGUGGACAAUUUGCCAUCGUCCGCAAGUGUAAAGAAAAGAGCACGAGUAUCGAGUACGCAGCAAAGUUCAUCAAAAAGCGGCGACUGUCAUCCAGCCGGCGGGGGGUGAGCCGCGAGGAGAUCGAGCGCGAAGUCAACAUCCUGCGGGAGAUCCAACACAGCAACAUCAUCACCCUGCACGACAUCUUUGAGAACAAGGCCGACGUGAUCCUGAUCCUGGAGCUGGUGUCCGGAGGAGAACUGUUUGACUUCCUGGCUGAGAAGGAAUCUCUGACGGAGGAGGAGGCCACCCAGUUCCUCAAGCAGAUCCUGGAUGGCGUCCAGUACCUCCACUCCAAACGCAUCGCUCACUUUGACCUCAAGCCUGAGAACAUCAUGCUGCUGGACAAGAACGUCCCGAACCCCAGGAUCAAGCUCAUCGAUUUUGGAAUCGCGCACCAGAUAAAAGCGGGAAACGAGUUCAAGAACAUAUUCGGAACGCCAGAGUUUGUCGCUCCAGAAAUAGUCAACUACGAGCCGCUCGGACUGGAGGCGGACAUGUGGAGCAUCGGAGUCAUCACGUACAUCCUACUGAGCGGCGCUUCGCCGUUCCUGGGCGAGACUAAGCAGGAGACGCUGACCAACAUCUCGGCCGUCAACUACGACUUCGAUGAAGAGUAUUUCAGUAACACCAGUGAGCUGGCAAAGGACUUCAUACGCCGUCUGCUGGUCAAGGAUCCGAAGAAGAGAAUGACAAUUGAUGACAGUCUUGAGCACCCUUGGAUCAAGGUUAUUAAGAGGCGAAAUGUCCGCCAGGAGGAGAGAGACCACAAGACCGAGCGACGGCGCCUGAAAACCACUCGUCUGAAGGAGUACACCAUCAAGUCCCACUCCAGCAUGCCCCCCAACAACACCUACGUCAACUUUGAGCGCUUCUCCCAGGUCCUGGAGGAGAUCGCCGCGGCAGAGGAGGGCCUGAGGGACCUGGAGCGCAACCAGCGCUCGUGCCGAGAGGACGUGGCGGCGCUGCUGUCCAUAUACGAGGAGAAGGAGGGUUGGUACAAGGAGGAGAACCAGAGCAUCUCCAGCGACCUGAGUCACAUCCGCCAAGAGCUGCAGCGCACUCAAGCCCAGCGCAAGAAGAGCCAGGAGGAGGCCCGGCUCACCAUGCAGGCCGCCAGCAUCCUCAAGCGCAAGUACGGCCGCCUGGAGAACCGCUACGAGGUCCUGGCCGAGCAAGUGGCCUCCGAAGUCCGCUGGGUGGAGGAGCUGGUCAAGUCCAUGUCGGCGGAGAGGAGCGGCCUCGGCAGCAUGGCCUGAGCGACGCCGACUAUGACACUCUGGCUCUGGAGUCCCGCCGCCUGCAUGCAUCCCACCCAGUGCGGUUUCAGUGGGUCAGUCGUCAUCAUAAGCUAUGCUGCCCGUCAGGGGCGAAUGACCCGCCCCUUUUACGCCGCGCUUCAGAGAACCAGCAAGAGGCUGAGAGGCAAUAUGUUGAACCCAUUCCGCCAUUCCUUUGUUUUUAGAAGUUUAUUUAUCCUUUUUUACGUAUAGCGUUAUGGGACAAACGAUUUCAAGUUUGUAACUAUAUGAACUUUUUGCUUUUGUAUUUUUGUUUAGCCUGGUUAUAUUUUUUUCUUUAUCUGAACGUCCUUGUGCUGUUAAAGCCAGAGAUGUCGGCUUAUUUGCUCUCCCUAGUUGCUGAGUAAAACAUUGAAUAUUCAGCAUAGUUUCAAUAAUUUCAGGUUGGUUUAUUCGUCAGUUUAAAUUUCUGAUUUGAUUGCAGCUUGAAUUACUAAGGACAUAAUAAAACAAAAUUUAGGUUAAUGUUUUUUUUACAAAUUAUGAUUUUUUUAAAUUAUUCUUUGAGAAACUUUUCUGGAAAGAAGCACAUAGUUCUUUUAUUAUUACCUGAAAUACUGAAACUGACGGAACUUCUGUUAUCUCAGUUUAUUAUUGUCUUCCAGAGGAAUUUGACUUCUCUCCAUUUAAACCCCAGUAAAUAUUUAUUCACCGUACAGUUAUUAUUGGGAACUUUAAUCUUCACGUACCUUUUUUAUUUUUAUGUUAAUUUUUAGACACAUUUAAGAUCUUACCUGUCCAACUCAUCUCUCUCUGUAACCACCAUCAAGACACAAAGUUAAUUCCCGGACGCCGCAAUUAUCUUACAAUUAAAUUAAUUUAUACGGACCUAUAAAAAUAUAGAGCUACCAGAAUUGAAAUGUAUAAACUAAUGAUCGCAGUGCCUCUGCCAGCUGUCAUGCAUCAUGGACAUUUCUAUCACAUUGAUAUUGCUCCAUGUCUUAGACGCAGCAACCUUUGCACAGUAGCCUUAUCAACCAAACCGUGUGCAUGGAACCUUUCUCUGUGAAACCUCCCCGUUGUUUGUGUUCCUGUUUUCCUUCCGACCAUCUCUGUGAACUCCACACAUUCCACUGGCAAGUCCCACAUCCGUGCAACACAUUCCCCGCGUGCACAGCAGCAAGUGUACGAUACGGUCGGUAUUGUGCUUCAGUAGAGAAGUUGCACUGAGAAGAUUCUGGAAGGAAUUCUAAAUCUCUUUUUAAUCGGUCUUUAAUGUGUAAGCUGAAAUGCCUUGACUUGUUUUAAAUAAACUAAGUUAUCGCUGUC